CCAGCCCUUCUUGUAAAAUCUCGCGAUAAGGUUUGCUUGUACAAAAGUUACUGCGCCGCCGGGAAAAGGGGUGUGAGUCAGUCGGCUAGUAAUUUCAGCAUUAAGAUUUUUGAGAUAACCUCUACAUCCCUUAAAGAUGUCUUGUGGGAAUGCAAAGAUUGGAACUCCUGCACCAGAGUUUCAGGCUACAGCUGUUAUUAAUGGGGAGUUUAAGGAGAUUAAGCUCUCUGAUUAUAGAGGGAAGUAUGUAGUAUUUUUCUUCUAUCCUUUGGAUUUCACAUUUGUGUGCCCAACUGAGAUUCUUGCCUACAGUGAGCAUGCGUCUGAAUUCCAGAAGAUAAACUGUGAGGUCAUUGCCGCUUCUGUAGAUUCCCAGUUUUCCCACCUGGCCUGGAUCAACACACCACGAAAAGAAGGUGGUUUGGGUGGUAGUUUGAACAUACCUCUGGUAGCUGACCUCACACAUUCUAUUGCUAAAGAGUAUGGUGUGCUGAAGGAGGAUGAUGGAGUUGCAUACAGGGGUCUCUUCAUUAUUGAUAAGAAAGGAAUAGUUCGUCAAAUUACAGUUAAUGAUCUGCCUGUGGGUCGUAAUGUGGAAGAGACGCUGCGAUUGGUCAAGGCAUUUCAGUACACUGAUGAACAUGGCGAAGUCUGCCCUGCUGGAUGGAAUCCUGGAAGUGCAACUAUCAUCCCAGAUGUCCAAAAGUGCAAGGCAUUCUUCUCAAAACAACAUUAAAGCAGAUUCAUGGAAAUAUUGUUUGCAUCGACUUCUUGGAACUUGACUGGAAUGACUGAAUUGACUACUGUUGCCAGCUAAGCACUUGGUGUUUUUUUUCCACCAGGCACUUCCACAUUUUCCUCCAAAUAAAUUUUGUUUUUCAAAUGG